AUGGGUCAUCCGGGCAGGGUCCUCAAGUUCGCCCGAAGCGACGACGACUCCCAGUAUGUCCUAUUAUACGUCGACCCCAACGGGCCCAACCCUUUAGACGUCAAGAUCCAGGCCACCGAAGGCGAAGCAGAGUACGGCGCAACAUGUGAGCACCGCUCCCACUGUCAAGUCAGGCAAAACGCCAUUGAUUCAUUAAUGGUCAAGAACUGCCCCGUAUCCGCACCAGAAUGGCAGCAGAUUGUCGAGAACCUGUUCCGCCAAGAACAACCCGCAGAUAUACAAGCCGUCGCCACAGUAACCCCGGACUCUUCCAUGUCCAUAGUCGUUCGACGGUCAACGCGGGGAGUCAUACAACGCCUCGGCUCGUUCACACUACCAGCCGUACCCGGCGGCGAGCUCAACGUACUAGACUGGUGCGCCACAGCUGUCGACGCCGCAGCCGAGAGCAAGCAUGCCGCCAUGGAAGAAACCCAAAGGGUUCGCCAGAUGGAAACCGAAGUGGCCAACCUGAAGCGCCAACUCGAGGAGCUCAUACAAGCCAAGGACGAGGACGAGACUGCGCUUUUCCUCAAGUUCCGCGACCUGCUCAACGAGAAGAAGGUCAAGAUCCGUGAGCAGCAGAAGAUCAUAGCAUCAACUAAUGCUGCCGGCGUCCAUGGCGAUGAGAAGUCCGAAUCCCCCUCUGAAGCCCCGGCCUCACAGACGGCACUGCCAGAGAGGAGUCGCAAGGCGGGCCGAUCCAGGGACGCGAAGAGAAAGGCGGCUGCUACACCUGUCCCCGACGAGGAAGAAGUUGAAGAAUCUCCCGAGCCUAUGGACGUUGAAAAGGUCAAGUCGGAACCGGAAGAGACUGAUAGCGGAGGCGAGACGGAGGCCACCGAGUCUGCUGAUUCCAGCGAGGAAGAUCCAGAAGGAGAAGAAGAAGCGCCGGGAAAGACCAUCGACAGGGGACCAUCCACACCUUCUGCUAAGCGUCCAGAGCCACCUAAGAAAGCAUCGGCACAGCCGCCGGCUAAGAGGAGUCUACCCUUUGUUAAGAGCAAAUCGAAGCCCCAAGCUGCGCCCAGACCAAUAACUGCCGGCGCAGAUGAUGACACAGAUUCAGAUGAUGAGCUCUAA